GUCAUUUUUAGACCGGCAGCGCCUUGGCCACCUUGGCAGGGCUAGGUCGCCUAGCAACGGCGGGGUCCUUCCUGGUUCGGCGGCGCUUUAGGCCUGAGGGGAGAAAAUCGCCGCGGAGGGCGCUGGGGCCGAACGGCGGCGGGCGCAGGAGGCGGCAACCGGCCGGCGACGCGGGAUUGGCGCGCCGGGGGAUCCGGCCGCGGCCUCUAAGCCGAGAUGAACACGGCCGACAAGGCCCGGGUGGGGCCCGCGGCCGACGGGCCUGCGCCGGCCGAGGAGGAGGAGGGCGAGGUGGGCGGGAAGGAGCCAGCGGCGGACGCGACCCCCGGGCCCAGCGAUGCGUUCCGCCUCCUGGUGACUCGGCGGGAGCCGGCCGUGAAGCUGCAGUAUGCGGUGAGCGGCCUGGAGCCGCUGGCCUGGUCCGAAGACCACCGCGUGUCCGUGUCCACGGCCCGCAGCAUCGCUGUCCUGGAGCUCAUCUGCGACGUGCACAACCCGGGCCAGGACCUGGUCAUCCACCGCACCUCUGUGCCCGCCCCUCUCAACAGCUGCCUCCUCAAAGUUGGCUCAAAGGCAGAAGUUGCUCAGUGUAAGGAGAAGUUUGCCACCUCUGCAGACCCCACGGUCAGCCAGACCUUCAUGUUGGAUAGGGUGUUCAACCCCGAGGGGAAGGCUUUGCCGCCACUGAGAGGGUUCAAGUACACUAGCUGGUCCCCCGUGGGCUGUGAUGCUAACGGCAGGUGCCUCUUGGCAGCACUGACCAUGGACAACCGCCUGACCAUCCAGGCUAACCUCAACAGACUGCAGUGGGUCCAGCUGGUCGAUCUGACCGAGAUUUAUGGAGAACGUCUUUAUGAGACCAGCUACAGGCUCUCUAAAAAUGAGGUCCCCGGAGGGAGCCUGGCGGAUUUCGCCGAGUUUCAGCGGAGACACAGCAUGCAGACCCCGGUCAGGAUGGAGUGGUCAGGCAUCUGCACCACCCAGCAGGUCAAGCAUAACAACGAGUGCCGGGACGUGGGCAGUGUGCUCCUGGCGGUCCUCUUCGAAAACGGCAACAUCGCCGUGUGGCAGUUCCAGCUGCCUUUCGUGGGAAAGGAGUCCAUCUCUUCCUGCAACACCGUCGAGUCCGGCAUCAGCUCUCCCAGUGUCUUGUUUUGGUGGGAAUAUGAGCACAAUAAUCGGAAAAUGAGCGGCCUUAUUGUGGGGAGUGCUUUCGGACCUGUAAAAAUCCUCCCUGUCAAUCUCAAAGCUGUGAAAGGCUAUUUCACUCUGAGGCAGCCUGUCGUCUUGUGGAAAGAAAUGGACCAGUUGCCUGUGCACAGCAUCAAAUGUGUUCCGCUGUAUCACCCUUACCAGAAGUGUAGCUGUAGCUUAGUGGUGGCUGCGAGAGGACCCUAUGUGUUUUGGUGUCUCCUACUGAUCUCCAAAGCAGGUCUGAAUGUUCACAAUUCCCACGUCACGGGCCUUCACUCCCUGCCGAUCGUCUCCAUGACUGCAGACAAGCAGAAUGGAACAGUAUAUACCUGUUCCAGCGAUGGCAAGGUGAGGCAGCUGAUUCCCAUUUUCACGGAUGUCGCGUUGAAGUUUGAACACCAGUUGAUUAAACUGUCAGAUGUGUUUGGCUCCGUGAGGACUCACGGGAUAGCAGUGAGCCCCUGUGGUGCGUAUCUAGCCAUCAUUACCACUGAGGGCAUGAUCAAUGGCCUCCAUCCUGUUAACAAAAAUUACCAGGUCCAGUUUGUUGCUCUCAAAACCUUUGAAGAGGCAGCUGCUCAGCUCCUGGAAUCUUCAGUUCAGAAUCUCUUUAAGCAGGUAGAUUUACUAGACCUCGUACGCUGGAAGAUUCUAAAAGAUAAACAUAUCCCUCCGUUUCUACAAGAAGCUUUGGAGAAAAAGAUUGAAAGCAGUGGGGCCACCUAUAUUUGGCGUUUCAAACUUUUCCUCCUGAGGAUUUUAUAUCAGUCAAUGCAGAAAACCCCUUCAGAAGCCUUGUGGAAACCCACCCAGGAGGACUCAAAAAUCUUCCUCGUCGACUCGCCUGGGAUGGGCACUGGCGAGGAUGAGCAGCAAGAAGAAGGCACGUCCUCUAGACAGGUGACUAAGCAAGGCCUUCAGGAGAGGAGCAAAGACGGGGACCCAGAGGACCCCACCGAUGACCCUCUCACCCAGUCUGGAGAUGUUGGGGGCCGUGAGCCAAUGGAGGAGAAGCUCCUUGAAAUCCAAGGGAAGAUCGAGGCUGUGGAAAUGCACUUGACGAGGGAGCACAUGAAGCGUGUCUUAGGAGAAGUGUACCUCCACACCUGGAUUACGGAAAACACCAGCAUCCCCACCCGGGGACUCUGUAACUUCCUAAUGUCCGAUGAAGAGUAUGAUGACCGAACAGCACGGGUGCUGAUUGGCCAUAUCUCAAAGAAGAUGAACAAACAGACCUUCCCUGAGCACUGCAGUCUGUGUAAGGAGGUCCUGCCGUUCACGGAUCGCAAACAGGCAGUCUGUUCCAACGGCCACAUCUGGCUCCGGUGCUUCCUGACCUACCAGUCCUGCCAGAGUCUGAUAUACAGACGGUGUCUGCUCCAUGACAGCAUUGCCCGCCACCCGGCCCCGGAAGAUCCUGAGUGGAUUAAAAGGCUGCUGCAAAGCCCCUGCCCUUUCUGUGACUCUCCUGUCUUCUGAAGUCGGUGCUGGGAAGUGGACAGCAUGUGUGAUCUGCUGGAAACACCCUCCAUCCUGGAGAGAGGGGUGCGCCGGAAGGCCUGGCCUGCCGGGGAGAGGUGCUCCCUGUGAUCGGGAAGAGGGCCGGAGUCAUUUCUGAAGUGCAUCGCCUCUCUGGGACUGGGGGUCAUCUUAACUGACUGCGCGCAGAGAGCCCAGCACUCAGAGAUGGGCGUUCGCCCGCUCCUACCCCGUGAGAAACAUUAUUUCUCAAGUGUCUUGUCAAGCAGUUUGAACAAGCGCCCUAUCGUUUCUAGGAGCAGAAUGGUUUCUUCUAGAGACUUUGGGCUUCGAAGGGCCUUGUGGGCUGACAGGAUUUAAUCCUGACCUUGGUCUGGACUUGCCCUGUGGCUCCAGGGAGCUGAAGUGUCGUGGUGGGCACUGUACCAACCGAUGUUCGAAGUGUCGGAAUGUGUAGGCUGCUCGUCUGUUCCCGGCAGACAGCCGGAGACCUGUGUCCGCCACUUCUUGUUUGAAAACAUUGUCCUAAAACUGUUGUUAAGGGGUUAAACAAAGACUAAAAUUGGUUUAGGGUGUCAGAAGGUCAGAUGACUGUUGUAAGUUAAUAAUCGUGGCUUACUUUUAAUGAUCUCCCAUGUCAUCCGAUCCCUGCCCCAACGCCUCAGUGUGUAUAAGUCUCCCCGGGUCCCGUCCCUACGUCAGACAGCGGUGAUGCCCGA